AUGCCUGUCUUCUCGCUUUUGACUUCCCUUCUGGGUGUCGUUGCUCUCAUUCUUUACAAACUUCUCUCCUCCAUACGUGAGAAAAGACGACAACAUGCGGAAAGUGUACGUCGGGGUUGUGGGCCUUGUCCCAUGCUUCCGAAGAAAGACAUACUCGGCAUCACGAGAUUUCGAGAGAGUAUUCGAGCAACUCGCGCUGAGCGUGGCCCCAAAUACAUCGUCGAGUCACUGGACGCAAAGGGAAAGCAUGUCCACACAGCCCAGGUCCGUGUUUUGGAUUAUGACUUAAAUGUGACCCGCGACCCAGAAAAUGCCAAGGCCUGCUUCUCCUCGCAAUCCCAUGAUUUCGAUAUUGGCCUUCACAGGACUCAAAGCUGGAAACCGCUGCUCGGUACAGGCAUCUUCACAUCGCAGGGCGAGGCUUGGAAACACUCUCGAGCUCUGGUGCGGCCACAGUUCUCCAAGGAGCAGACAUCCGAUUUGGAUCUCGCGGGGAGGCAUACGCAAGAACUUCUGGACAAAGUCGUGCCCGGAGUCGACGGUUGGACGGAUAGUAUUGACCUUCAGCCUCUCUUCUACAACUUCGCACUCGACACCGUCACAGAGUUUCUUUAUGGAUACUCCGUACACGCCCAAAACCACGAUGCCCAUGCGACACUCCCCACUGUCUCUGGAAUGGACGAACCCAAUCUUCUAGAACUUGGUGCAAAUUUUGAUCAAGGGAAGCGCUGGAUCGAGGAAAGAGGGGCCUUCUACAAAUGGUAUUGGCUCAUGUUUAGCAAGGACUUCGAUCACCGUUGUCGCGAAAUCCACAAGUUGGUCGACUGGUUUGUGCAAACACGCCUGCAAGGCGGAGAAAAAGGAAGAGAUUCCGAAGUGGAGGACGGUAAAAAGAGAUUUAUCCUUCUCAAUGAACUGGCCAAAGAGACACAAAACCCCCUUGAACUCCGCAAUGAAAGCCUCUCUCUGCUCUUUGCGGGUCGUGACACUGCUGGCGCAUUGCUCGGCUGGGUCUUCUACUUCCUUGCCCGCCACGAGCGCGUCUUUAGAAAACUUCGCUCGAUCGUCCUCGAUACUUUUGGUUCUUCAAUUACCGGCGAGAUCAACUUUGCUCAACUCAAAGCGUGUCAGUACAUGCUCCACAUGAUCAAUGAGUGCUUCCGCGUCGCUGCAGUGAUUCCUCUCAAUGAGCGAGUCGCUGUGCGCGAUACAACUUUGCCGCGAGGAGGGGGCCCUGAUGGCUCUCAACCUAUCUUCAUUCCCAAAGGCAGACAAAUCCUCAUUGCCACAUAUGCUAUGCAGCAUCGUGCUGACAUCUGGGGUGAAGAUGUGGAAGAAUUCAAGCCUGAAAGGUGGGAGCGUAGGAAGGUGGGGUGGGAAUUCAUUCCAUUUGGUGCAGGCCCGCGGAGUUGUCUCGGCCAACAAUUCUCAUUGACUGAGACGAGUUAUGUUGUGGUGAGAUUCUUGCAGAGGUUUGAUCGCAUCGAGAACAUGGAGGAACCCGGGCCAAUUCGUUUGCAUCACGCUAUCGAGAACAGGAGCGGGUCUGGUGUGCAAGUCAGACUCCAUGCUGCGAAUUAA